UGUGGUUUGACGCAGGAAUGGUUAAUAGGAGGACAGGCAGCAGCAGGUGGGGAGUCAUGCAGACUGAUGAGCAGCAGAGGAGCCACUGUGCGCCGCUGACAGUCGGGGCUGAGCCGGGGAGGAGGAAGCAGCGACCGCCGCUCCUGGUUUGCGCCUCUAGCGAGAGGAACAAAAAACUCAUUUCAGGAUACUGACAGCUUUUUCUUUUUUUUUCUUCUUCUUCUCCUUAAAGUCUCGCAGAGCUCCCAGGGAUGCUUCCCCCGUCUGCCAGUUUCGUUGAACGGGACGCCGGUGAAUAACGCUUGCGGUGCAUCGCUGGAUAAAUGACUUGAGAAACUCUCGUGGAAGUGAGCGGACGGAGAAAGCGGCUGCAUGGGAGAUGAAUGUGACCGGGAAACAGCAACCUGAGCUGAUCGAGCGACCCGCCAGCCUCCCGGUGCCAACUUCGACAAAAUCUGGAAUUGCUUUGCUGUACAAAGAAGAGACCAACAAUACCUAUGAUGUCUGCCUGAAAUUGACCAAAGAGGCGUUAACCAUACAGAAGCUGGAUGUGGUUUGCACAAGUGGAAGUGAAUCCCAAGUAAAUCACAGAACUGUUCUACUGCGAAGACAAGCGACUGGCGGUCUGGGCUUAAGCAUCAAAGGAGGCGCGGAGCACAACGUCCCAGUGGUUAUUUCAAAAAUUUUUAAAGAUCAAGUAGCCGAUCAGACGGGGAAGCUAUUCGUCGGGGACGCUGUGCUGCAGGUCAAUGGCAUAAAUGUAGAGCACUGUACUCAUGAGGAAGUUGUUCACCUGUUGCGUACCGCGGGAGAUGAGGUCACCAUCACCGUUCGCUACCUGCGAGAAGUUCCAUCAUUUCUAAAACUGCCUCUAGGUUCUCCAGGGCUGGAUCACAGUCGAGUGUCCUCCCCGCUCUUUGACAGUGGGUUACAUUUGAAUGGAAACGGGAACAGCACAGCUCCAUCACCCCCUUCGCCCUCAGCUAAUGAACCAAAGUAUGAGAAGCGCUGGCUGGAUGCCGUCUGCCUGCCCUUGUUGAUGGCCAGAGUCUCCAGAUACAAAGCUGGCACAGAUAAAUUAAGGUCCAACUGUUUUGAAGUCUUUGCCUUGGAUGGAGCCAGCACCAAUAUUCUUCAAUUUUGCACUGCAGCAGAAAGCACAGACUGGCUCCAAGCAAUAUCUACAAAUAUCAAUGACUUGACACAGGAGAACAUAAAAAUCGUCAACAAAUACUGCUCUUCGGAUGAUCAGAUUGUUCACAUGGGCUGGGCAUGUGAAAGCCCCGAGGGCAGGGCCGUCGGACGAACAUCCGCAUUCAAGUUCCUGGCACUGAGAGGGCCAUAUUUUUAUAUUUUCAGAAGUCCCCCGGUCAACGCCGCUGACUGGGGACAAGCUGAAACGACGUAUAACCUCUAUGAGGUUCUUUUCAAGGUUCACAAGCUAUGGAUGACAGAGGACUGCUGGCUCCAGGCGAGGCUGUACUUGGGAUUGGAACACUCACCUGAGCAGCAGGACAAUGAGUCCCUCUGCUUCAGUAUUCUGGUUGGCCACGGCCAGAGCCACACCUUCAGGGUAGAGCUGGCCACCGACCUGGCUAUCUGGGAGAAGUCAUUCCAAAGAGCUGUCUUCUUGGAAGUGCAGCGAAUACGAUCCAAAAGCUACAUGUGCAGCAGCCAGGGGAAUGUACUGUGCUUCACGAUAGAUUUUGGAUCGGGGUUCACCUGCUCAGAAGGCACUUCAAAGAUCAUACUGUGGCGGUAUAAGUUCUCUCAACUUAAAGGCUCCUCUGAUGAUGGGAAAACCAGGGUAAAACUCCUUUUCAAGAAUGCUGAAAGCAAUCAAAUAGAAAUGAAGGAACUAGAGUUUGCUAAUCUGACAGCCGUCCUCCACUGCAUACAUUCUUUUAUCGCUGCCAAAGUGGCCUCCAUGGACCCUCACUACAUGUGCAGUCAAAGCUUCCCCGGAAGUUACAUGAACAGUUAAGAAGACACGUCCUCGUCCUGAUGUGCACCUGAAGCAAUUCAGCAGUAUUUUAUGCACAGAGCUGAAUGAUGAUGUAUAUCUUGUUCUUACUAUUUUUGUAUGAACUACUGAAAAUAAGCAUUUGUUAAAUAAUCAACAGGCAGAUAAUAUUUAAGCUACUGAUGGAAAAUAGGGUUAUUUAAAUUUGGACAAGAUGAGUUAACACCCUGGGAAAAGAAAUUCAGUUCGGAUUUUUUUCUGUCAUUUUGUUGGACACUGAUUCAAAAGCCGCAACCGCGAUACAUUUGACAUCAAGACACCGAAUGCAGUAACUGCCAGGGAGCUUAGCAUAAAAAAUGGAAAGACUCUACCUAUCUAGUGAAUAUUUCCCAAUCGGUGAAAUGGUGGGUUACCGUUGCAGAGGCGUUAAACAGGGAUUUUCUUUCUUUUUUUCAAAUUCACAGCUGAACAGUCAUUUUUCCGAAUGUUUUGUCAUGUCCAUGAAGAAACUGAACAGACUCUACAAUGUAAUGCAGUCCAAUUUGCCUGAAGGUAGCUACUGAAAAUAAAGAUUCAACACCCAUCUCAGUGGGACCCACGUAAAAUAAAUAUACGACACUUCAGAAAGGCAGCAUUUAUGGCAGAACAUAUUCACUGUCUUGGAUAAAACUGUAAAUUGUUUGUACUCUUGUGCCAAUCUUCGUAUCUAAUAAACCCAAGAGUCCUGGAUUUUAAAAUUUUUCUGGGAAAGAAUGACAACUUCACAAUAUCCUUCCAGGAAAUUUUUAUCAAUUCUCACACUGAUACAGUGAACGAUACUGUGUGUCUUUAGUUGCUUUAUGUAAAGGUUUCUGUGUUAAAUUAUAUAUUUGCUGUAUUUUCAAUAAAUUGCCUACAAAGCA